UCUUUUUAUUCCCAAGGCCUAGAAUAAAAACCUUCCUCUGAUAUUUUUUAAAUUAUUUUGGUUUUAGACAGCUUAUUCAUACUUCUCAAGUGAAAAUCCAAGGUAUAAUGGACAAUAAACCAUACUCUGUGGACUUGAGAUUCCAAUUUCUGAAAAUUCCAAGGUCUGAACAAUAGAAACUCAUGAUGGCCCUUUUACGAACUAUAAAACAAUUCUUCCACGUGAGCUUUCACAAGGAUUUUACUUUAUCCAACUCUAAGUUUUCCCUGUAAUACUGCUCUUCUUAACUUGUCGAGUUGUCAUAAAUUUACUGAUUACUUCAGAUGAGUGUUCUAAAGUUAAGCAAGAAGUACGAGGAUACACUCUCUUCUUUCAUACCCACAGGUUAGUCACAAGAAUUCUUUGUUGGCUGACUUACCUUUAUUGUAGUUGAUUCAGCAUGAAAUGGGUGUGACUCUCUCCAAAGGUAUGAAUCAUUCAGACAUUGUUUCAGUAGAAGAGAGGUCCACCUAAAAAAAUAUGUUAUAGCAAAUUAGCAGGCAAUUCCCUUGUAAAACAAGAGGUCUGCUUUCAAGGCAUAUAGUAAUGUCCAUAAUAAACAUUAUGAUUUCAAAAAAGAUCUUUAACCACAAAUGUCCUCAGACAAGCUGGUAAGGGUUAUUGUGAUGGUUAAAACUAAAUUUUUUUCCCAUUGCCUUUUUUAUAUCAAAGUUUUACUUAACUGGUUUGAUAACGUUUGAACACAUUUCUGUCUAAUAAAAUCUCUGGUAACCAGAGGAGGUGAUGAAACUCAAACUAGGUCUGCUGCAAAAAAAAAAAAAAGCAGGGACUUCCCUGGUAGUGCAGUGGUUAAGAAUCAACCUGCCAAUGCAGGGGACACGGGUUUGAUUCCUGGUCUGGGAAGAUCCCACAUGCCAAGGAACAACUAAGCCCAUGCGCCACAACUACUGAGCCUGUGCUCUAGAGCUCGCAAGCCACAACUACUGAGCCCAAGUACCACAAUUACAGAAGCCCACUCAUCUAGAGCCUGUGCUCUGUGAUGAGAAGCCACCGCAAUGAGAAGCCUGCGCACCACAACGAAGAGUAGCCCCCACUCGCCACAAGUGGAGAAAGCCUGCAGAGCAAUGAAGACCCAACGCACACAAAAAAUAAAAUAAAAUUUAUUUUAAAAAAAUGCAAAGUUCAAACAAAACAGGUUUAAGAACACUUUCCUGAAAUACUCAGACACCAGGGACAUUCUGAUUUUCUUCUGAUACCUGAAAGACUGCUUCAGCUCUCCAAUUUCCUGGCAGAGUAGUGUUCCCAAUAUUUCUUCUGUGUAACGUGUGUGACAAGUGACAUUUGCAACCUCAAGCUCUCCCAUGGACAAGUCGACCCUCAGGCUCAGUUUGCCUCUCCCGCUGGAAUCAACCCUCUUUCUCCACCCAAGGGGGAAUGUCAAAAAUGCAAAUCUGCUUUCACUUUGGAAAUGGACUGCAUUUAGAGGCCUUACCCUCAAGAAAUGAAAAUAAGCUGCUUCCUAAACAUACACACUUAGUGAGGCAAAAGCGAACUUGGAUCACCGCCCCUGUGGCUCUUCGGGAGGGAGAGGAUCUGUCCAGGAAGAAUCCGAUUGCCAAGAUACAUUCUGAUCUUGCAGAAGAAAAAAGACUAAAAAUUACGUACAAAUACGCUGGAAAAGGAAUCACAGAGCCACCUUAUGGUGUGUUUGUCUUUAAUAAAGACACUGGAGAAUUGAACAUUACCACCAUUCUAGAUCGAGAAGAAACACCAUUUUUUCUGCUAAUUGGUUAUGCUUUGGAUGAAAAAGGAAACAACUUAGAGAAACCAAUAGAACUCCGAAUUAAAGUUCUUGACAUCAAUGACAACGAACCAGUGUUCACACAGGACGUCUUUGUGGGGUCUGUGGAAGAGCUGAGUACAGCAAAUACACUUGUGAUGAAAAUCACCGCCACAGAUGCAGAUGAGCCCAACACUCUGAAUUCUAAAGUUUCCUAUAGAAUCGUCUCUCAGGAGCCUGCUAGUUCUCCAGUGUUUUACCUAAAUAAAGACACAGGAGAGAUUUAUACAACCAGUAUUACCUUGGACAGAGAGGAACACAGCAGCUAUACUUUGACGGUAGAAGCAAGAGAUGGCAAUGGACAAAUAACAGAUAAACCAGUAAAGCAAGCUCAAGUUCAGAUUCGUAUUUUGGACGUCAAUGACAAUAUACCUGUAGUUGAAAAUAAACUGUACGAAGGGACAGUUGAAGAAAACAAAGCCAAUGUAGAAGUUUUACGCAUAAAAGUGUUCGAUGCAGAUGAAGUAGGCUCCGAUAAUUGGUUAGCAAAUUUUACUUUUGCAUCAGGAAAUGAAGGGGGCUAUUUCCGCAUAGAAACUGAUACUCAAACUAAUGAAGGAAUCGUGACCCUUAUUAAGGAAGUAGAUUAUGAAGAAAUGAAGAAUCUGGACUUCAGCAUUGUUGUCACUAACAAAGCAGCUUUCCACAAAUCGGUUAAGAAUAAAUAUAAGCCUACAUCCAUUCCCAUCAAAGUCAAAGUGAAAAAUGUGAAAGAAGGCAUUUAUUUUAAAAGCAGCAUAAUCGGAUUUCACACUAGCGAGAGUGUGGAAAAAUCAAGCCAAAACCAAAUAAUGGGAAAAUUUCAAGCUUUUGAUGGAGACAGUGGACAAGUAGCCCAUGUAAAAUAUGCCAAAUUUGAAGAUGCAGACAACUGGAUCUCUGUGGAUUCUGCCACCUCUGAAAUUAGACUUGUGAAAAUUCCUGAUUAUGAAUCCAGAUAUGUCAAAAAUGGUACAUACACUGCAAAGAUUUUGGCUAUGACAGAAGAAUAUCCUAGAAAAACCAUCACUGGCACUAUUAUUAUCUCGGUUGAAGACAUCAAUGACAAUUGUCCCACACUGGUUGAGCCUGUGCAGACUGUCUGUGAUGACGUGCAGUACGUGAACGUGACCGCACAGGACCUGGACGGACCCCAAAACAGCUGGCCUUUCAGUUUCUCUGUCAUUGACAAACCAGCUGGAAUGGCAGAAAGGUGGAAAAUAGCACGCCGAGAAAGUACCAGUGUGCUACUGCAACAAAGCGAACGAAAACUUGGGAGGAGUGAUAUUCGCUUCCUGAUCGCAGAUAGUAAAGGCUUUAGUUGCCCUGAAAAGCAGAUCCUCAAACUCACAGUUUGCAAGUGUGUGGAAGGCAGUGGCUGUGCAGAAAUGCGGUAUGACUCUGACUCCUAUGUUGGCCUUGGACCUGCAGCAAUUGCGCUCAUAAUUUUUGCCCUUCUGCUCUUGUUACUUAUACCGCUUCUACUGCUGAUGUGCCAUUGUGGGAAGGGUGCCAAAGGCUUCACCCCCAUCCCUGGUACCAUAGAGAUGCUGCAUCCUUGGAACAAUGAAGGGGCGCCACCUGAAGACAAGGUGGUGCUGCCUCUUCUGGGGGCGGAUCAAAGAGAUGGUGCAGCCGUAGGCAGUGGAGCAGGAGCUGUGAUAACCAAGGAUGCUACCAUGAAAGGAAGCAGCUCGGCUUCCUUUACCAAAGGGCAGCACGAAAUGUCGGAGAUGGACGGCCGAUGGGAAGAAUAUAGAAGCCUCGUCUCGGCUGGGGCCAUCUCGGGUGGGGCCACCCAGGUUACAGGGACAGCAGGAGCCUUGAUGACCACAGAAGCCUUUAGGGCCACGAGAGCCUCGGGGGCUUCCCAAGAAGUGUCCGGAGCUCGAGCAGCUGCAGUGGCAGUGAACGAGGACUUUUUAAGAGGUUACUUCACUGAGAAAGCUGCCUCUUAUACUGAGGAAGAUGACAUUCACACAGCCAAAGAUUGCCUUCUGGUUUAUUCUCAGGAAGAAACUGAGUCUCUCCAGGGUUCCAUCGGCUGCUGCAGUUUUAUUGAAGGAGAGCUCGAUGACCGCUUCUUAGAUGACUUAGGAUUGAAAUUCAAGACACUUGCUGAAGUUUGCUUGGGUCAAAAAAUAGAGAUGGAUACAGAAAUUGAGCAGAGGCCAAAACCUGUGAGAGAAACAGACGUGAAGGCAGCUUCACGUUCAGUCUAUGAGCAAACCAGGGGUAAUUCCGAGAGUGCUUAUUCCUCCAGCAGCCGCUUUCAGGUUCCAAAACCUUUGCAUGAAGCAAACACAGAGAAAGUAACUCAGGAAAUAGUCACUGAGAAGUCUGUAUCCUCUAGGCAGGCUCAGAAGGUAGCUGCACCACUUUCUGACCCACUGGCUUCUGGUAGCGUGAGAGUGACAGAAACUUCCUACGCCACGGGCUCCGCGGUGCCACUGAGCACCGUGGUCCUGGACCCCAGACAGUCCCAGGGCCUGAUUGUGACCGAGCGGGUCUACGCCCCGGCGUCCACCUUGGGAGAGCAGCCGUACACUAGUGAGGGUAGCGUCAUGGUGACCGAGAGAGUCAUCCAGCCUCCGCCUCACGGGGGUGCGUCUGGCCCCCUGGAGGGCCCCCGGCCUCUGCAGGAUGCACACUAUGUGAUGGUGCGGGAGAGAGAGCGCUUCCUAGCCCCCAGCGCCAGCGUGCAGCCCCCUCUGACUGCACCCAGUGUAGCCGCAGGACAGAACGUGACCGUGACGGAAAGAGUGCUAACACCGGCCUCCACUCUGCAAUCUAGUUACCAGAUUCCCACCGAAACCUCCGUCAUGGCCAAGAAGACGGUGGUUUCUGGAGCUGGAGUCACAGGCCCUCUGCCAGACUCCGGCUUCGAGGAGUCCAGUCCUUCUAAUUAUACCAUAAGCACAUCUUCCACCAGGGUCUCCAAGCACAGCACGGUCCAGCGGUCCUUCUCCUGACCAGCGGUCAGCCACACGCUGCCCCGCAGUGUAGCGAGCAGUGACCUCAUUUCAUGUUUUCAAAGGACCUGGCUUUUCAUGAGCCUUACAGAUGUCAGAGGCACGUGUACCUCGGGCUUCAGAUAUUUCGCAGUCACUGAUAUGCAAAGAGCCUCACGGUCUCAGCUUCUCGAGUGCACUUCAGAAAUGCCCCAGGCCUCACUGAGGGCACCGCACAAUGAUGCCGGGACUUGGGUGCCUUUGAGUGACUUACGGCCAAACAGUACUCACAAAGCAAGUUAAAUACAGAAUAAACCUGGCUUCUACGAAUGUUAUCAAAUUAACAGAGUGCCCAGUGUGUAAGCCGUCUGACAGUGCCACCCACGAAACUGAGGGGCCUCUUCGCUACCACGUUCAGAUUUAACAUUGCUGUUCGAUGUUGCAUACUUCCCUGCACCCGGGAGCUUACCAACAGCUUAUCUAACCACAGAUACAUGCACAGUCUGAGUGACCUGUGUUGCUUGUUUGAUGUCCUUAAAACUAGAGGCCCUUCAGUCCAUGUGAGGUUAAUUGAAUCUUGGAACACUGACGUGGUGAGAACACACAUUGUGUGUGUCUGUGCAUGUAACUGUGUGUGUGUGUGUGUUCUAUAUGACCCUAAAAAUUGCAUUAUACCUUCCCUUUGCCUCUCAAUAAUCAUGAAAAUAUUAGAUACUUCAAAUUCAGUAGAAUAAUUCAGGGCAAAUUUCAUAAAUGUAGAAUCAUUUUAUUUUUUAUAGUAAUAAUAUACUGUUAAAAAAACUCAGGAUACAUUAUCUUCUAAGUUAGUACAGCUAAAUUAACUGUAUACACUAUAGUAUGAACUCUUUCCCUGCUGUAUAUCCUCAGUGCCUACCAUGGGUGCCAAAUCAAUAUUUGUAGAAUUAAACUGAAUUUUAGAAGCCACUCUCUUUUAUCUGUAAUUGCAAAAAAUAUUGGAAGACCCUAUAAUUUCUAUAAUUGUGAGUUUGAAAUUAUGAUUUAUUCCAUGUCUUAAAGUCAUUGACUCACUGGUCAUGGCUUACUACAUGUAAUAUUAAAUAUUAUAUAGCUGACCUGAGUUUGUACAACAUCUUGCCUUUCUUUCUGAAAAGUGAUUUGGGUGUUUUGGCCAAAUAAAUAGAUUGUAUUUUUAUUGCUCCUUGAAGAAAUGACCCGUUUCAGGUUUCAAAGUAUAAGUGCAUAUCAGUGAUCAAUUAUAUAAAUAUUGUCCAUGACAAAAUAAUUUCCAUAAAUUUUAAAGGCUGUGAUUUUAUGAAUUUUUAAUGUAUUUUACUAGGAAAAUGAAUCUCUAAAAAUUCAUUUUGUGGCACACUUUUUAAAAUAUCAUUGAAUUCUGUUAUGCAAAAGAUUUAUACUUUUUUACUCCCACUGAUGUGUAUGAAUAAAAGGCAAGUAUUUUUAGACACCAUAAGCCUGUGGCCAAAAUGAAGGUCACUGUUCCAUGCUCUAAAUUUUUUACUCUCUAAGUAGUAAUUGUUGUUGCUUUUUUUUUUUUUCUUCAUUAUAGACUUAGUUAUUUUUUGCCAAGUCUGCAACAGGAAUAUCACGACUGUGUGAAAAUGUGAAUAUGACCUGAGUACUCCAAACAAAACUUUGUCUUAAAUUUCCUUCUUGGACAGGCUUGAAAAACCUACCCUGUCUCCUGAAUAUAAAGUCAUCACAGGGGAUAUGGGGAUAACUGUAUAAAUAGAACUGAUUCUUGUACAGCAAAAACUGGCACAACAGUGUAAAGCAAUUAUAUUCCAAUAAAGAGCUUUAAAAAAAAAGGCAUCACAUUUUCAAAAUAGUUUUCUUUGUUUCUGAAAGGGUGAUUUGUAUUGGUUUUUACAUUUGUUCUAUGGGAGAAACAUUAUAUUUGUAUGUGUAUCAUCAAAAUAUUUAAAUAAAAAG